AUGAGUACCCACACGACUCCCCCCAAAACUACCCACACGACUAGCCAAAAAAACUACCCACACGACUCCCCAAAAACUACCCACACACGACUCCCGAAAACCUACCCACUCGACUCCCCUAAAACUACCCUCUCGACUCCCCUAAAACUACCCACACAACUCCCCAAAAACUACCCACACACAACUUCCCCAAAACUACCCACACGACUCCCCCAAAACUACCCACACGACUCCCCUAAAACUACCCUCUCGACUCCCCCCAAAACUAUCCACACGACUCCCAAAAACUACCCACACGACUCCCCCAAAAACUACCCACACGACUCCCAAAAACUACCCACACGACUCCCAAAAACUACCCACACGACUCCCCCAAAAACUACCCUCACGACUCCCGGAAACCUACCCACACGACUCCCAAAAACUACCCACCCGACUCCCAAAAACUACCCACACGACUCCCCCAAAAACUACCCACACACGACUCCCACAGAUCGGCCGGCCAUUGGAAUCGUAGGAGGCCGUGUCUUCAUACCAACUCCUGCCCCUCAACCCCCUGGGGUUAAUGGACAGCUCGGGGGAGGAGGGACUUGUCAGUCCAUCUCCCCCCCGGAUAAAGCUCUCUGUGUGAGGCCUGUGAUGCAAAGCCCAAGGGAACCUCACAGAUGGACGUUGGACUCCAUAACCUGUCAAACUACUGUAUAUGAAGUAGGAUCAGCUGUGGUGCCAGAUGUAGCAUCCACCCAGAGAGACUGCCUGAGGCUUAACCUCAAGCAACCUGUCUGGAUAUGGUAUAGCAAUCGAUCGACCACAUUCUUGUCAGCAUUCAUACACUGCCGAGAAGGGACAAGGAAAAAUUUAUCAGGAACCUUCCAGAAGAGAUUGAUAGCCCUAUUUUGGUAG